AUGUACAACAUUUUUACCAGUGAUAUUCUUACCAGAAAGAUGGCACCAAAAAAGUGGACAACCCCUGAACAAGAGGAGUGGCUGCAGCCAUGGUAUUUGAAGUACAAAGAGACAUUGGUAGGAAAGUCCAAAAACUAUACUAACUUUUUCUGCAACCUUAAUGAGGCAUGGUUGGAUGAGUUUCCUGAGCCAAGACCAAGUACCGCCACUCCUUAUGGCCCUCUCACAGAAGAGGAGAAAAAAAUAAUGGAUGCCAUGGAAAAAUCACGCACAAACGCGAAGGCAGAUACUGUUGAUGUGUUCCAGUCCAUAGUGGAGAGCAUCUCGGAGUGUGAAAAGUCAACACGUGCCUAUCAAGAACACAAAGCUUAUUCUGUCCUGUUCUACAAAGAAUGUGCACAGCCUCAAGUACAGGAAGCACUGAAGGCACUAAAGGCUACUGGGGAGCAGCUCACCUCAGGGCAAUACAUAGCUCUCAUAAAGAAAGAGACUGCGAAGGUAUAUGAGGCUGAGACAGAUGAAGUCAAGACACAGGUGAAAGAGUUCAUCGAGCAGCAGAAGGUAACACGAGAGAAACACAAAAAGGAAGGCAUUUGGAGUGAGGGAAACUUGAAUUACCAACAAAAUCUCGACAAACUUGUGGCUGUCGUCAACAAGUUCUUGAAAGGACUUCAUAAUGCAACUGGCCUAUCAUACACGCUCCUUGCUGGUGGUCCCUCCUCUGAAUCUGGUGGUUUAAUUGAUUGCUAUAGUUUUCAUGUUGGCCUCACAAAGCUGGGGAACGAUUUCAGUAAGGCCUACCCAGAGUUCGACAUGGGAAUUAUGGAGCCAUUCCGGGACUAUCUUUACCAUUUUAGCCAGUGCCUUACAGUUACUGACUUGAACUCUUUUGACGACUCAUACUCCUCUGACUGGGAUUCUGACUUCACACAUGGGGCAUUAUCCAUGUCUAACCUCAUGCUGCCUGAUGUAUCAGACAGCCUACCAUUAUCCAGAGAGAACAUAUCUGCAGCCCCAGAUUGCCACUCUGGCUCCUUCCUGGACUCAGAUCCCAGCCUGCCGGAUGAAAAUGUGAUGCAUUCCUGGAUGAGGCCAGGAUUCGACGCCUUUUUAUAUAACUUCGGGUCAUCCAGUGUGCCGGCAGACAAAGAAUUCUCUCAACUUGUGUCUGCGCAGUCCUUGUCGCAUGUAUCUGCCCUCGCCUCUCCCACUGACAAUGCAACAGUGCUGCCAAUUCUUCUUCCAUCCACGCAAUCAGAUUCUACCACAACUCUCGUUGACACCACAUGCACUUUGCUGGUAUUGCAUGCUCCCCACACAAUAGCUCCUACCUCUCCCACUGCCAAUGUGACGGUGCUGCCAACUCUUCCCCCAUCCACGCAGUCAGAACCUACCACAGCUCUCAUUGACAGCACACAUACUUUGCUGGCACUGCAGGCUCCCCAUACGAUAGCUCCCACUUCUCCCACUGCCAAUGUGACAGUGCUGCUGACUCUUCCCCCAUCCAUGCAGUCAGAACCUACCAUAACUCUCAUCGACCGGACACCUACUUUGCUGGCAUUGCAGGCUCCCCACACAAUCGCUCCCAAGUUUCCCACCCCUCUGACACACUGCUCUGACACUACCACUCCUAGUAUAGAUGCAUCAGCAACACCUUCCUGCACUCCUCCUGCAGCAGAUUUUGCAAUCACAGAAUGUGACACCCAUACUCGCCAUACACGGACCAGUCGCAUAUGCAAACCAUCAACUCGCAACAUUACUGCAAAUGCUAUUGGCAACAUGUCUUCCAAGUGUCCUCAUGAACAUGGUGGUGGAGGGUCUGCUGGGGGAAAAUCAAAGUUUAUUUUGCAUCUGGGCAGCCAUCUGUUCUGUAUAGUCACUCAUCAUUAUAGUUCAGCCACCCAGAAAAAGCCGGAGAAAGCUUUUUUGACAAGUCCAUCCUGCUUUGGGGCAUCCAAGACUUAA